AAAGCCGGGGCGGUGUGCUGCUGCCUCGAUCUACUUACCGUUUCUCAAUCGCGCAACACACGCGGGCAGUCGCCCAUGUGCACGCGUGCAACCGGCGCCAGCGGGAAAAACCCGUGAGGAGGAGACUCCCACGACAGAUAUUUCCCAGCGACGUUUCGGAAAGGAAAUUCGCAAACCGAUCCGGAAACCAUCGCUGACACUUGAACUUCCGGAUUUUAUUUUUCCCUCUUUUCCCGCACCCUCCCACGUCAUCGUCGUCAUCCCCGCGAGCGAUCACGGAUCAGUCCAGUCUCCAGUCUGCAAUUGUUGUCGGACUCUCUUUGCCGAUUUCUCCUUCGCUCGCGUCCUCCCUAAUUUAUGAUCCGCGUCCACGACAUAAACGGUCGCGAUUGUCGCGGACGAGUAAGUCCUGAUGUUUCUCGGGAUGACUUGAAAGCGAGGGAAAGAGAGAGAUAGAGAGAUUCUGUCACCGUCGAUAUCCGUGCCGAUAUGGAAGAGGAACGGCGCGAAGAUUGUGCAAGAUAUUAGAGAGGAAUAUCCUUGUCAUUGCUGAUCCGAGAGAGUUGCUGAUAAUUGCAAGUCGCCUGGUCACGCUCUGAGGUGCACGAUGAUCACGCAGAUGAAGCUUUGGUGGAAGAUCCUUCGCUCCGGCGACAAGAAUGGUAUCCUCGCAGGCUUAGUUGCGCACUCCGGCCAGAUUUCCGUGGGUCUUUCCCAGGGAUACAGCGCGAUCCUGAUACCGAAGCUCCUGGAGACGAACUUCGCGGACCAGUCGCAGGCUUCUUGGAUCGCCUCCCUCGGUGUCGUCUCGAAUCCUAUCGGUGCCCUCGCCGCCGGGAUCUGCGCCGAAUGCCUCGGCCGCAGGUUCGCGAUCGCCCUGGCCACGCUGCCGCACGUCGUCGGCUGGUUGCUGAUCGCGUUAUCGAGGAGCGUGCCGAUGCUGUACGCCGGCAGAUUCGUCAGCGGCCUCGGCACCGGCAUGGCCAACGGACUCUAUCUCUAUGUCAGCGAGACGGCAGCGCCAGAUCAAAGAGCGUGGCUCGCAAGUUGUGGACCAGUUCUGGUUUCCCUGGGUGUCUUAAUGGUCUACACCCUGGGUGCCAUCACGACGUGGCAAAGGGCGGCCGCUAUCAGCAUCGGACCCGCGAUUCUGUCGCUCGCGUUGACACGGAUGCUACCGGAAACUCCCGCCUGGCUGGCCUCGAGGGGUCGAACGAACGAAGCGAAAGAGGCUCUUCUGUGGCUGCGAGGUCCCGGACUAAACGUCGACGAAGAAUACCGGGAACUCUGCGAGACGAACGCGAAGCGGAAGGAGAAGAAGGAGAGUCUCCUACGAGCGCUGCACAAGCCCAACGUGUGGAAACCGUUCCUGAUACUCCUCGCCUUCUUCGCACUCCAGCAACUGUCCGGCAUCUACGUUAUCCUGUUUUACACCGUGAACGUGCUCAAAGAUAUCGGCAUUGACGUGAAUGAAUACGCGGCCAGCGUCGGCAUGGGUGUCAUCAGGCUGUUCGCGUCGAUCUUCGGCGCCGGUCUGGCCAACAGCUUCGGCAGGAAGAUCCUGGCAUUCGCCAGCGGCUCCGGGAUGGCCGCCGCCGCCGUGGGAGUGGCCCUUUCCUUCAGGUUCAAAUUGCCAUCGUGGGUGCCACUAUUUUGCAUCGGGACUCACGUGGGCGCGUCCAUGAUCGGCUUUCUCACGUUGCCGUGGGUCAUGACCUCGGAAUUGUACCCGCUAAGGUUCAGGGGCAGCCUGGGAGGUCUCACGACCAGCAUCGUGCAGAUAUUGACGUUCGCCGCGAUCAAGACUUAUCCGGACCUGAACGCUGUCGUAGGUCUGGAGUUCACGAUGUGGAUAUUUGGCGCGGCCGGCGUGCUAGGCGCGAUCUUCGCCCUGGCGAUAUUGCCGGAGACCCGGGGACGCAGCCUCGACGAUAUCGAGAUGAAGUUCUCCAGCAAGCCGAGCGACAGCUUGACGUACACCCCCAAGAUCUUUCCCAGAAAGAACAUCAUUCUCCAGCGAUUCACUUCAAUCUCGGAGGAGAAACAGUCGAAUAUCGCGGCGAAUGCGUACGUCUAUGACAAUUUCUGCCUGGAGCUGUCCCCGGAGAAACUGGAAAAGGAUCUCAAAGUUCCUGAGAAGGAAUCGACUCGUGAUCAACGAAUCAUAACCAGCAUCGCGUUCGAACACGUGUGCGUUUAGCGCGAGAAAUUCGGAAAAACUUUUAUCAGAAACAAUUCCUACGCGAAAUUAUAUGGUUUUAGAUUACAUUUAAGAUAUUUAUUUAUUUUAUACAAUUAAUAAGCUGAGAAAUAUGUUGUUCAGUGUGAUUGUAAUUGAUACAGAUACCGUUUUUGUAUCUAUCGUCGCCAAAUGUUCCUUCAGUAUUACGAACAUUCCUAGGAGCGUGGUAUCGAAAAUUAAACUUAUGUAAUAUUUUUAUAAUGAUUACGCAUAAUUGUACAUACAUACUUCCUGAAAUUUUAUAUAACUUUUA